GGGGCCGUUCCCUCGGAGCGUCUCGCCUGGAGCCCCUCCCUGCCGCCUCCGCCGCGCUCCCGCCCCUCGGGCCGAGCCUGUCACCGCGCCUGCCGCCGGGCGCCGCCAGCAUGUUUGACAGGACGCGGCUGCCCUUCGUGGCGCUGGACGUGCUCUGCGUGCUGCUGGCUGGCUUACCCCUUGGUGUUCUAAACUUGGCCAAAAUAAAGCCGUAUCAGAGAGGCUUUUUCUGUAAUGAUGACAGCAUCAAGUAUCCGUUCCAUGACAGUACCAUCACAUCCACUGUCCUCUACACAGUGGGGUUCACCCUGCCCAUUUUCUCUAUAAUCGUAGGAGAGACUCUCUCGGUCUUUUAUAAUAAUUUGCACUCAAAUUCGUUUGUCAGAAAUAACUACAUAGCCACUAUUUACAAAGCCAUUGGGACCUUCAUUUUUGGGGCAGCUGCUAGCCAGUCAUUGACAGACAUUGCCAAGUACUCCAUAGGUAGACUGCGUCCUCACUUCAUUGCUGUGUGCCAGCCUGACUGGACACGGAUAAACUGCAGCCUGGGCUACAUUGAGAACUUCACUUGCCAUGGGGACAAAGCAAAAAUCAACGAGGGAAGACUAUCAUUUUAUUCUGGCCAUUCUUCAUUCUCCAUGUACUGCAUGCUCUUCGUAGCACUUUAUCUUCAGGCAAGAAUGAAAGGAGACUGGGCAAGACUUGUACGUCCUACUAUACAGUUUGGUCUUAUUGCUGCAUCUAUCUACGUGGGUCUCUCACGUGUUUCUGACUACAAGCAUCACUGGAGUGAUGUUUUAACAGGACUUAUCCAGGGUGCAGUGGUAGCUGUGCUCAUUGUUGUGUAUGUGUCAGACUUCUUCAAAGUGAGAGGAUGUACAUUUCAACCAAAAGAAGAUUCCCAUACAACCCUACAUGAGACUCCAACAAAUGGAAAUCACUUUGGCAGCAAUCAUCAACCGUGAAGAAUGACCCACAUUACCUACAUUGCUCUGAAAGAAAACAAUUUCACAAGUCUAACUCUGUAAUUUAAGUAAUUGCCUUUAAGGGACUGCUGCUGCUGCUCUUGGCUGCUCACUUAAUCUGUAUAUAGUAACAUCUACCACAGUUAUUGUACAUCUAAACUUUAAAUUUCUGUUGGUUCAAGCUCUUGCUUAAAAGAAAGCUAUUACAACUGUAAAUUUUUAUUGAAAACUGUAACAAGUUAUAUUACAUACACUGCUGUUUGUACAUGCCUUGUUGAAUCAACUGUGGUUUAAGUAAACACCAUUAAAAGGAAUUGCUUGAUAUGGAA